UUUUUCUGUAUAAAUCCACGAAUACAUAGCAUCAGAUAACUCGCACAGACAGAGAAAAAGAAAAAGAAAAGAGAGAGAGGGGGAGAGAGAGAUGAGUAGUGGAAAAGAAUUGGUGAAGAGAUUAGGAGUUGAAAUACAGAAAGGGGAUGACUACUCGUUUGAGCAGUGGAGUAUAGUUAGAGAAUCAAACAGUGAAUCAUCUUAUGAGGAAGGUGCUGUGCUAACCACCAAGAACAAAAACACCAUCACCACAGUCACCCUCCUCAACCGUCUAGUUGAGGAAACGCCUCAAAAGGAAGUGCACCGACACAACACAGUAAUCAACCGGGAGGUCGAUCUUAGAUCGGCAUCGUCAUACUUUUGUCAGCCUAGGCAUAACCAAGCUUGGGGUCGAACCCUACCUUUGUGGAGUUGUAGAUGAUGACUCACACUUUUGCUAUUAGCUCAAGUUGUUAUGUACUUAAUGGUUUCGUUAUAUACCCCACCUCGGGGUUGGUUUUGUAUAUGCCUGUAAAUAACUAACUCUUGAAUGUAUUUUGGCUUUUGAUGUACUUGUCCUGUGAAAUGUUUUGAUCCUGGCAUGAUUUAGUAGCUCAAUGGAUGUCACAUUUUCUGGUUUAUCGAUUUUGUUUUAUAGCUUCCGGGCAGGCCCCUCUAUGGAACCAGGUUAAGUGUCCUUUUCUGUGUAGGGCAUGCCCAAACUUUUAGGGGCAAGUUUGGGGCGUGACAAGUGGUAUCAGAGCACGAGUUGCUAUCCCACACACGGAUCCAUUGAGCCUUAGGAUGUCUAGAAAGACUCGAGUAUCAUGCAUGGCAUCCUAAGAAUGUAUGAAAGAUCGAUGGCAACGAAGUAUGUACUCUACUAACGCUAACUAUUUGAACUUUGUUUGCUGGAUAUAAUUGAAUGUUAUGCAGGUUAUGGUUAGAACCAGGAUGGAAGAGUCGGACGAGGCUACCUCGGCACGGUUGGACCGAAUGGAAAGAAUGAUUAUGGACAUGGCGGAGACCUUAAGGCAACAACAGCAACAACCGCCACCACCACCAGUACCUCUACCUGCAGUACAAGAUGUUCAUGUUGAGGACCGAACCAUCACACUCACAAAGGAGUUUAAAAAGAUGAAACCACCGUCAUUCAAGGGGGGAAUAGAGCCUAUGAAAGCUGAAGCAUGGGUGCUGGGAAUAGAGAAAUUAUUCGAAGUGUUUCCAUGUACUAAAGCCCAGAAAGUGCAACAUGCCGCCUUUACUCUUGAAGAUGAGGCGCGAAGAUGGUGGAUGCUUACAAGAACAGUACAUCGGGACUUAACAUGGGGUAGAUUUCUGGAGCUGUUCUAUGAUAAGUAUUUUCCUCAAAGCAUGCGAGAUAAGAAGGUGACGGAAUUUGAGACUCUUAGACAAGGAAAUAAGACUGUUGCAAAAUAUGAGGCCCAAUUUGCUAAAUUAGCUCGGUUUGCCCCUCAUAUGGUCGAUACAGACUAUAAGAAGGCACGGAAAUUUGAAGGGGGACUGCGGGGUGCCAUUUUGGACCGGGUCAAUAUGCUAAAAUUACCCACGUAUGUUAAGGUGCUAGAAAGGGCUGUUAUCGCAGAAGGAAAUCUUGCGGCCCAGAAUCGGAUUUCCGAGUGGAAAGGGAAGAGACAAAACAACCAAUGGUCAAAGAGAUCAGUUACUCCACCCGCUAAGAAGCACAAUUCAGGGAACUUUAGCACCACUACUUCUACUCAAAAUUCCACUCCGGUGUGUCCAGACUGUGGAAGGCAACAUCGAGGAACCUGUCACUGGAAGACUGGAGCAUGUUUUAAAUGUGGGAAAACGGGGCAUUUGGUGAGGGAUUGCCCACAAUUGGUUCAACAAAAAGGCAAUAGACCCGCUACAAGUUCCGCGGGGUCUACACUAAUCCCCAAUGCGAAGACGGCUGCCAAACCGAGUAAUAACAAAGACACUGCAAGACAAGGUAGGGUGUUCUCUUUGAUUCCAGGUGAUGUACAAAAUAUAGCAAUAGUGGUGUCAGGUACAUUUACUAUUUGUGGUCAAUCUGCGCAUGUAUUGUUUGAUUCUGGCUCCACUCACUCUUUUGUGUCAAAAUUCUUCGCUCCUAAUUUAGAUAAAACUGAAGAAAACUUACCUUGCAUGUUGUGUGUGUCCUCCCCUUUGGGAGAGUCUAUGAUUUGUGCUACUAUAUACCUAGCUUGUGAACUUCAACUUGGGGAUUUUCGGGUGUAUGCUAAUUUAGUGCCUCUCGAUAUGACCUAUUUUGAUGUUAUUCUGGGAGUGGAUUGGCUAAGUGCUUAUGGUGCAACUAUAAACUGUGUGACUAAGCAAAUUAAUUUUUAUCCUUCGGGGCAAUCGGCGUCUGUGGUUCAAGGGCAGGAAGUGAUUUCACCACCUUACCUGAUAUCUGCCGUGAAGGCUUGUAACUUAAUACGAAAGGGCUGUCAGGGGUAUCUAUGUAGCGUUUUAGAAGGGCAAGGGAUGAAUGGGAAUAUUGAUGUGAUUCCAGUGGUCCAUGAGUUUCCGGAUGUUUUUCCCGAAGAAUUGCCGGGCCAACUAAUAGACCGAGAAAUUGAGUUUAUAAUUGAAGUGGCGCCCGGAACCCAACCUAUCUCGAAGACACCCUAUAGGAUGUCACCAGCUGAAAUGAAAGAGUUGAAGAUUCAAUUACAGGAUCUGCUUGACAAGGGAUUUAUCCGCCCGAGUGUAUCUCCUUGGGGUGCGCCAGUAUUGUUUGUGAAAAAGAAGGACGGGACACUUCGGUUAUGUAUCGACUAUAGGGAACUGAAUAAGGUGACAAUUAAAAAUAAGUACCCCUCACCACGGAUAGAUGACUUAUUCGAUCAGUUACAAGGGGCACAAGUUUUCUCAAAAAUUGAUUUACGGUCUGGCUACCACCAAUUGAAAGUUAAAGCUGAUGAUGUGGAGAAAACAGCUUUCCGAACCCGGUACGGCCAUUAUGAAUUUUUUGGUUAUGCCCUUCGGGGUUACAAACGCACCAGCAGCAUUUAUGGAUCUAAUGAAUCGCGUCUUCAAGCCCUAUCUAGACGAAUUUGUGUGGCAUUUUUGGGGCAUGUGGUGACAAAGGAAGGAGUCUCUGUUGAUCCACAUAAAGUGGAAGCAAUUGUGAACUGGCCAACUCCCACUAAUGUAACUGAGAUACGAAGUUUCAUGGGAUUAGCUGGAUAUUAUAGGAGGUUUGUUCAAAAUUUCUCCAAAAUCGCUGGGCCACUUACCCAACUGACACGCAAAGGAGUUGCAUUCGAAUGGUCAGAGGAACGGGAAUCCGCUUUCCAAGAAUUCAAAACAAGAUUGACGACAGCACCAGUUCUGGCUUUGCCAUCUGGUACCGAAGGAUUCGUAAUUUACAGUGAUGCUUCGCACAAGGGGCUUGGUUGUGUGCUAAUGCAAAAUGGAAGAGUUAUUGCCUAUGCUUCUCGGCAACUGAAACCCCACGAGAAGAAUUACCCCACACAUGAUCUCGAAUUAGCGGCGGUAGUUUUUGCUUUAAAAAUAUGGCGGCACUAUCUUUAUGGUACAACUUGCGAAGUUUAUACUGAUCACAAAAGACUCAAGUACCUGUUUACCCAAAAAGAGUUGAACAUGCGACAACGACGAUGGCUCGAGUUGAUUAAGGAUUAUGACUUGCAGAUCCAAUAUCAUCCUGGUAAAGCUAACAUGGUGGCAGAUGCACUUAGUCGAAAGAAUAUGGGGGACUUGGCAAAUCUGUUAGUAGAAAGGAAGGAGUUGAGGAUUGAACUAGAUGAAAUGAAUAUGGACCUAGUGGUACGUGAACAGAAGGUCAUACUCGCAGCACUAAGAGCUCAACCCACCUUGCUGGAAGAGAUUAAGUUACAUCAACUGGAAGACGAGACUUUAAGGAAGAUCUAUGAAGAGUUAGAGGCAAAACCAAAAUCGGGAUUCAGUUACGUAGAUUCGAUAUUAAAGUUUCAAGGCCAUGUAUGUGUCCCCAAUGUGUUGGAGCUUAAACGGAAAUUGCUAGGAGAAGCACAUGUCUCGAGACUAUCAAUACACCCGGGAAGCGGAACAUCAAAGACCACCAGGGUUAUUACAACCCCUUCCAAUUCCGGAAUGGAAAUGGGAACAUUUGACCAUGGAUUUCGUGGUGGGGUUACCGAGAACUCCUCGAAGUAUGAACUCAAUUUGGGUCAUUGUGGACCGAUUAACCAAGUCUGCUCACUUCUUGCCUGUAAAGACUCAAUAUAA